UAUGAUUUUGGGUUUUUUUUUGGAUAGUAAUAGGCCCUAUAUGAAAUGAGAAGGGGUGACUGGUGGGUAGUCUGAUUGACUGCACAGGAACAGGAAAGCUAGUAGUACUACAGUUUUUCAUCGAUCGGAUGCAGCUACAGUUGCUUGCUUGCUGUCGUCAAUUCCGUCCCCUUUCUUCCUUGUCCCCUGCCCAAUCUACACCAAUGAGGCUAGCCCUAGUCAACCAUCCCCUUGCUGGAACGGGAUUGACGGAUCGCCGGAGAGCAAGGGCGACGCGGACCUCGGCGAGGUCCAGCAGCACUCCGGUGCUGUCGACGACAUCCUCGCCUGGGCCUUGCGGGACGGGGAGUCGUUUCCGAUGUGGUCGCGUGGGAGGAGGAUGCCGAGGAGAUCGAAGGAAAAACCGGAGCCGCCCGUCAUCGUCGCGCGGGAAAGCACCAACACGAUGCGGUCGCAUAUGAUGGAGAUUGCGGACGGCGAGGAUGUCGCCGAAGCCGUGGCUGAUUUCGCGCGCCGCCGGCAGAGCUGGGUGUGAGUGCUAUCCGGCAGCGGCGCCGUCUCCAGCGCCUCGCUGCGCCAGCCCGGCGAGCCUGGCUCCGUCAUCGAGCUCUCCGGCCCAUUGGAGAUCCUGUCCCUCUCCGGAGCAUUUAUGCCGCCGCCGAGCCUGGCCAACGCCACGGGGCUCAAGGCCCUCCUCGCCGGCGGGCAGGGCCAGGUCAUCGGCGGCAACGUCGUCGGCGCCCUCCGCGCUAGAGGACAUGUCACGAUCCUCGCGGCCGUCGUCUCCAACGUUACCUACGAAUGCCUCUCGCCCGAACACGAUGUUGUUGACGACCCUGGCAAGGUGCCAGCCGCCGUUACAGAGAGCCAUAGUAGAAUGGAGCCACUCAGCUGCACCACACCGGAAAUGAAAAUGGAAACCGAUGCUGUACAGCUCAAAUGUGAUUGGCCCAUGCAGCAGUCUGAUGAUACCAAUUUACGUCUCCACAGAGACAAACAGUGGGCGGUGCAGGACAAACGGCAGGUGCUUCAGAGGACUCUCACUGAAAUGCACACUUUUAUCAAACAUGCUGAAUGGUGGUUCCACAAGGACGUCUUUGCCCAGGUCCUGCAGGAUGCUAAAGAUGCAGUAAACUGUGCAGAGGACCUGUUGGAUGAGAUCAAUUACCAUGAACUCCAGAAUAAAGUCGAGGGUCAUGCAAUUCUAUUUCAUGUCCAAGAUUAUCAUGAAACAAAAAUUGAUAAAAUCCAAGGAAAGCUCGAACAUCUCGUAAGACAAAUGGAACAGCUGGGCUUGUAUGAUGAACGGCAGCAGUUUAUUAUUGAGUCAAUCAACCGAGAAGACGAUCUUUUCGGAGAGGAGCAAACAAUCUUUGGGCGUCAGAAAGAGAUGUCGGAAUUGAUUGAGUUGAUUGUUUUGCAAGAGAACAGUCCAACUGAUAAGCAAGUCACUGAGGUACAUGCAGUAUCUGACUCCAAGAGAGCGAAAUUGGAAAACGUUUCUGUUUUGCCAAUAGUAGGAAGUGGUGGUGUGGGGAAGACAACACUAGCAAUUCUUGUUUUCAAUGAGAGGAGAGUCCGGGAUCAUUUUGACCUUCUGAUUUGGAUAUGUGUCUCGGAUGGCUUUGAUGAGAAGAAGCUGAUGAAGAGGCUGGCAUGGUCUGUUGCCGAAAAUGAGAUGAAAACGGAUGAUUUAGGUUGUCUCCAGAGAAUUCUAACUAAUGGCAUCAUUCAUCACACAAGGAGAGUCCUGCUUGUACUUGAUGAUGUGCAGACGGAUGCAUGCCGAGAAGAUUGCCAUGGAUGGAAAAAUUUCCUUGCCCCACUAAAAUAUGCUAGAUCAGGAAGCAUGGUUUUGGUCACGACAAGAUAUCAUAGGGUUGCUGAGCGUGUUGGCACGCUGAAGCACAUGUUUUUGGAGGGCUUACCUGAAGAAACUAUCUGGGAAUUCUUUAGGAUGCUUACAUUUGGUUCUCGUAAUUCCAACAGCAAUGCAGUGCUAGAGCCUAUUGGCAGAAGCAUAGUUGCAAGGUUAGAUGGUUCUUCUCUGGGUAUUAAAAUUAUCGGACGGCUAUUAAGUCUGAAACUGGAUGCUAAAUACUGGAAAAUCAUAUUGGAAAGUGAAUUGUGGGGAUGGCCUCACCAGGAGGAAGCCAGCAUUUUCACAGCCCUUCAGUUGAGCUACCAAUAUCUGCCCUUCCAUUUGAAGCGUUGCUUCUCCUUCUGUUCUCUGUACCCCAGGGGUUAUGAGUUUGACGCAGAGACACUUGUGGAUAGCUGGGUGGCAGUGGGCUUCGUGAUGCCUUCUAGGAGCAUUCUUGCAGUAGAUAUUGGACAUGUGUACUUCAACCAACUUGUGAGUCGAUCUUUCUUUCAGAGAUCUCCAACAUCUUCCAGAUAUGUCAUACAUGAUUUAUUACAUGAUAUGGCACAGUAUGUUGCAAGGAAUGAUUGCUUCAUGAUCAAGUCUAGAUGCGGCAUGUCGAGAAUUCCUCCUAAAGUGCGUCAUGUGUCAAUUCUCGGCAACGGUGAACUCAGCAGCACUGAUAUCGAGUGCCUGAACACAUACAAGACGCUGCGGUCAAUUGUGUGCAUCGGCGUUGGCUGCGAUAUUAUUACUAAUUCUGUACUUGAAACAUGGUUCGAUCAUCUCACUCGCAUUCGAAUGCUGAGAUUCAUAUCGUGCCGGCUGAAGGAGCUCCCUUGCAAUGUUGGCAAACUAAUACAUCUUCGCUAUCUUGACAUUUCUGCUUGCGACUUUGACAAGCUGCCGACUGAUUUGUUUUGCCGUCUUUACAAGCUGGAAAUCUUAGAUGCUCAGAACUGCACACUUCAUGCUGUCCCCAAGGAUAUCAUCAAGUUAGUAAACUUGCAGAGGCUUAGACUGAAGGAUGAUCUUAUCAGCCAACUUGGACGUGUGCCCGAAGUAGGUAAGCUCACUCUCCUUCAAAACAUGCCUUACUACGCUGUUGAUGACAAGCCCGGAAGGGGAAUUCAGGAGCUGAAGAACAUGAACCACCUUCAUGGAGGAUUGGAGAUCGACGGCCUUCGCAACGUGACGAGCCGGGAGGAAGUUGCUGGAGCUGAGCUAGCCAAGAAGAUUUACCUCGACACAUUGGUUCUGAAAUGGCACGAGUCAAUUAGGCCUCAGAAGCAUAACAGCACCAAGGAGAUGGAAGUGCUUGAAGCUCUACGGCCUAGCUCAAAUAUCAAGCAUCUAGAAGUGAAGUUUUACAUGGGAGAUGGAUUGAGUCCAAUGUGGCUUCGCCAUGAUGAGCUGAGCAGCUUGGCAUCACUCUCUAUCAACUCCUGCCCUAACACUACAACACUGUUCUUGAUCGAACCCUCCGAAACGGGCAGCAGCAGAAGCAGCUCAGUUAGUUUCCAAUCACUUACCAAGCUAUCCAUUACCUGGUGCAGAAGUCUAACGAGCCUUGAUAAUUUCCUACAACCAGAAUGUCUGCCAAUGAUCAAGGUAAUACAGAUCUCAAAUUGCGAGGAAUUAGCGUCACUGCCAACCAACAACCUUGUGCAUUUUGUUCAUCUGGAAGAUCUGGAGAUCUGCCAUUGUUGGAAUCUCAAUUGGGAGCCAGGCUUGGCCUUGCCACCCUCUUUGAAAUCGCUCAAGCUGGAAGCAUGUGGGGAGUUCUCCGAUUCGACGCUCAGCUGCCUGCACAACCUCACCGCUCUUACCAUUCUGAAUUUGCGGUUUUGUCCGAGCAUCGAGUCCAUUUCUGCACAAAUCUGGAGUGGCCUCUGGUCAAUAGAGAACUUGAAGAUCGUCUGUUGCCAGGGACUGGUUACAGUUGGAGGAUCAGAGUCGAUUGCAGGGAUAAAGAAUGUGGACAUCAGGCACUGCUCGAAGCUGCAAGACCUGGAGCAGCCGUUUCGUAGUGGUCAGGCUGACAGUCAGUAGAAAACGUUGUUGUGCCCAUCAUCUGUAAAGUAUGCAUAUGAGCUCAACUGUGUCUAUGAAAUUUCUGCUCAAAAUAAAGUGUGCGUUUGCAUUUUGUAAGCUAACUAAGCCAGGACCAUCUUAUGCCCAAGACUUGUGCAGAUGGUGAUAGACCCCCGGUAUUUCAAA